AUGGCCGAAACAGUCGAGAUUCCAACGCCUGCGGGCUUGCCUUUGCUAGGCAACAUCAAAUCUAUUGAUCCCGAGUUCCCAUUGGGGUCUAUGGUGUCGCUUGCUGAGCAGCAUGGCGAGAUCUACCGUUUGAAAUUCCCUGGACGAACUGUCGUCAUCGUCUCCACGCAAGCUUUGGUCAAUGAGACGUGCAAUGAGAAGCGCUUCAAGAAGUGUGUCAAUUCAGCACUCACUGAAAUUCGAGAAGGCGUUCACGAUGGACUCUUUACUGCGAAACUUGGAGAGGAGAACUGGGGGAUCGCCCACAGAGUGCUCAUGCCAGCUUUCGGCCCCUUGUCAAUUCAGCGCAUGUUUGACGAAAUGCACGACAUUGCCUCCCAACUUGCUCUCAAGUGGGCACGAUACGGACCUGAUUCUCCCAUCAUGGUGACGGAUGACUUUACUCGUCUCACUCUCGACACACUGGCUUUGUGUUCCAUGGGCUACAGAUUCAACAGCUACUACUCCCCAGUUCUGCACCCCUUUAUCGAAGCGAUGGGUGAUUUUCUCACAGAGGCUGGAGAAAAGCCUCGACGACUGCCUUUGCCUGGAAUCGUCUACCGCGAGCGCGACCGGAAGUAUCAGCAGGAUAUCGAAACCAUGAGAAGUACCGCCAAGGAGGUUCUCGACGCCCGAAAAGCAGGGGGAAGUACACGAAAGGACCUUUUGACGGCAAUGCUUGAGGGCGUGGACACGAAAACCGGCAAGAAGAUGACCGACGAGAGUAUCAUGGACAACUUGAUCACCUUCCUCAUUGCUGGGCACGAAACCACUUCCGGGCUGCUUUCGUUUGCUUUCUAUCAGCUUCUCACACACCCAGAAGCUUACCAGCUUGCUCAGAAAGAGGUAGAUCAAGUCGUCGGCAAGGGGCCCAUCCAAGUUGGACACCUCUCCAAGCUCCCGUAUCUGAACGGUGUCCUGCGAGAAACUCUGCGCAUCAACGCCACUAUCCCCCUCUUUACGGUCGAGGCUUUCGAAGAUACCCUGCUUGGAGGCAAGUAUCCCGUCAAGGCUGGAGAAACCAUUCUCAACCUCCUCGCAAAAUCACAACUCGAUCCUACGGUCUUUGGAGACGAUGCAAACGAGUUCAAACCAGAACGGAUGUUUGAUGACAACUUUGCCAGGCUGAACAAGGAGUUUCCCAACUCAUGGAAACCCUUUGGUAAUGGUAUGCGAGCCUGCAUCGGAAGGCCUUUUGCCUGGCAGGAAGCCCUGCUCGUCAUGGUUAUGCUCUUGCAAAAUUUCAACUUUGUUCUUGAUCCUAGCUAUGAGCUUGGAUUCAAACAGACGUUGACUAUUAAGCCGAAGGAUAUGCACAUGCGAGCGAUCCUGAGAGACAACCUUACGCCGACGAGUCUUGAGCGUCGUCUGGCCGGUUUGCCUGUUUCUGAAAGGGAAGAGGCAAAUGGGGUGAAUGGCAAGUCUUCUGAUGCUAAGGAUGGUGUCCCUAUGACGGUCUUGUACGGAUCUAAUAGUGGAACAUGUGAGUCUUUGGCGCAGAGAGUCGCAACCGACGCUGCAGAGCACGGGUUCCACGUCACCAAGAUAGACUGUCUUGACACGGCAAAUGGAAAUUUGCCCACAGAUCAGCCUGUUGUCAUCGUCACCGCAUCAUACGAGGGCCAGCCUCCCGACAACGCCGGGCAUUUUGUUGCCUGGGUUGAGAAGGCUGAUCAAGAGACCAAGCCACUCGAGGGUGUCUCAUAUGCCGUCUUUGGCUGUGGUCACAAGGAUUGGGUCCAGACUUUCCAUCGCAUUCCCAAGCUCGUGGACAGUAAUCUUGAGCAGCUUGGUGCUACUCGACUUGUCAACAUUGGUCUUACCGAUGCAUCUGAGAAUAUGGUCUUCAGCGACUUUGAGGCAUGGGAGGACAACAUUUUGUGGCCUGCCCUCGAGGCGCGUUACAACCCCGAGUCCAAGAAGAGUUCCGCAGACAAGGGAUUGAGCGUCAAGAGCUCCAACUUUAGAACUCUCACCCUCCGUCAGGAUGUCAAGGAGGCGACAGUUGUCGAAACCAAGGUCCUCACAAGCAGCACUGAUACCAAGUCCAAGAAGAGGCAUAUCGAAGUAGAACUGCCUGAAGGCACUCAGUACACGGCCGGAGACUACCUUGCCGUUCUGCCUAUCAACCCACAGGAAGUUGUUCGUCGGGCAUUGAGGAGAUUCAAGCUUCCAAUGGAUGCUCAUCUUGAGAUCUCGAGCAGUACGCCGACUGUUCUCCCCACCGACACGUCUGUGUCAGCAUUAGAUGUGUUGAGCUCCUACGUGGAGCUUUCGCAGCCGGCCACGAAAAGGAACCUACUUGCCAUAGCUGAGGCGGCGUCUAAUGAAGACACCAAAGCUGCUCUUACCUCCCUGUCCGAGGAAAGAUACGUCGAGGAGAUCAGCAACAAGCGUGUAUCAGUUCUGGAACUCCUUGAACGGUACCCCUCCGUUGAUCUACCCAUCGGAGACUUCUUGCAGAUGUUGCCAUCCAUUCGGAUUCGCCAGUACUCCAUCUCCUCAUCUCCACUAUGGAACCAGUCUCGCGCGACAAUCACCUUUUCCGUGCUCAAGGGGCCAGCGUCAUCAGGCCAAGGCAUCUACAACGGCGUUGCAACUUCUUAUCUCGACUCUCUGGCUGACGGCGACACGCUACAAGUGGCCAUUCGCUCAUCGCCUGCUGCUUUUAGCCUCCCAUCCAACCCAGAACAGACUCCGAUCAUCUGCAUUGCGGCUGGGUCAGGACUUGCACCGUUCAGGGGUUUCAUCCAACAGCGAGCCAUCAUGAUCGAAUCAGGUCGUAAGCUCGCCCCGGGUUUGCUCUUCUUCGGCUGUCGCGCUCCUGAUCAAGAUGAUCUUUACCACGACGAGUUCGAUGUAUGGCAGAAGCUCGGUGCGGUAGACGUUCGACGAGCGUACAGCCGACACGGAGACGGAUGCAAACACGUCCAAGAUCGGAUCUGGCAAGACAAGGAAGACUUUAUCCAACUCUGGGAGAAGGGAGCUACCGUCUAUGUAUGUGGUUCAAGAGCGGUGGCUGAUUCGGUGAGAGAGGUUAUGAUUAAGUUGAAGACGGAGAUGGAAAAGAGAUCCGGUGGUGAGAUGGGCCUGGAGGAGGCUAAGAAGUGGUUUGAUGAACAGAGGAAUGUGCGGUAUGUAAUGGACGUGUUUGAUUAG